UCAAAUUGAAUUUUCCUGGUUGAAAUAUUUCUAACAAGUAUAAGAAGAAAAACUUUAUAAUGUGCUAUAUAUCUUUUCACAAUGUAAAUUAUGCUAAACAUAACUUCUUGAUGACUCAGAUAUAUCAGUUAUUGUUUGCUUCUUGUACUAACAGAUUCCUGGCUUUUUUAUUUUUAUUUUUGUAAUUUUUCUGAAUCCUAGUUUGGUUCUUAUUUUUCACUUCCCACUUUCCCAUUUACUUCUCAAAUGCUCUGAUGAACUCUGCACACAGUUAUGUUGAGCCGCCCGCUUUGAUCUUGUAGUUUCUCCUUCGCAGGUGCCACACACUCUGGUGGCUUUAUCCACGUGUAGACAGCUGCCAGCUCUGCGUCUCCAGCCCACACUCUGAGCUCCUGGCUCAUGGGCCUACUUGACUGGCUGAUCCCCUACCUGGAAUGCCCCUUCUUCUUCCCAUGAUCCCUGCUGCUGAUUCUGUUCUUUGCCUAGACGUAGUUUGGAGGCAAGUUAAUUUUUAACAUUUACAUUGUAGAGUUAAUCUGUUUGGGUACGUAGUUUUGAGUUUAUGAGGUAACUUAUGUUUCUGCCGCAAAUUGAAAGUAACUUCCAUACACAAAGAAAUCCUUUAUGUCAGUUUUUUUUUAAAUAGAUAAAUAAAGCUCUUGUUACUGGGGACUACAGUAUUACUUCUAUUACCUAAGCCACUGGCAGAAAAAAAAUGGAGUAGAUUAAUAAAACACCUAUGCAGUUAGCGCCUAUAGCCAUAAAGUUAGUUUCCCAAUUUACACACAUACUAAUGAAUUUUAAUUUGUUUUUCACGUUUUGUGCCACAUUAAAAUACUUCCUUUUCCCCCUUUUUUAUGAUUAAUACAAGCAGCUCUUUUACAUUGCAACAAAAAUUAUGUCUAAGAUGAUGUCUUUAAAGAACAAAAAUGAGAUUUGGGUAAUUUAUUAGAACUUGCCAAUUCAUGUAUAAUGUUUGAAGGCCAUCAGUAGGAGGCUGAUCCCAGUGUUGAUUUUUGAAUUGGCAGUCUGCCUUCAUUCUCUUCAGGGGACAAAGCCUUGUGGCCCUGCUUUUGGCCUUCCCUGGCCUUCCCAGUAUUGCUGACAAAGGACAAUAUUUUCAGGAGCUGGGAUCUGUAAAGAACGUCACACAAGGACUACAUAGUUACAUAGAUUUUUGUAUCUGUGAGCAAUGGAAUUACAGCCCACUAAUGUGUUUUAAAACUACAAUUUGCAUUUUAUAACUUUCAAAUCACAAAGACGACUUUUAAAAUAAUUGUUUAUAUAAUACCCUACUUGCAUGCUGGUGAGUUUAUAGCCGAUUUUAGAUCAGCUUAUUAAUUAACAUGCUUUCAUUGCUUUUAUUUGGUUUUUUUUUUUUUGCAAAUCAAGGGUUUUGUGCAUAAAUUUUUUUAAAGCUUUCCAAGGAACAAAAUACUUUAAAUAACUUUAAAGGCUAAAAAUAUUGUUUCUGCCAUUGCAUUUACUGUGUUUAAAGCACUAUAGAUUUUUUUCUUUUUGUAUGUUCUAACUUGGUAAAGGUAGGUCUUGGCUUUGAGAAUAGUUAAGAAAUCUUUAGCUUACCCAUAGCUUUAUCUGAAAUUUAUGCAUCAGCCUUGCUAAGAAACCCCAAACAAACACCCACACAUCUUACCCCUUUAUUUAGUGUCUUUCCAUUUCUCUCACUUUUUAGCCCUGUAGCCUUACUUAACCCACUUCUCUAGUUAUUUACUUAUUCUUUUCUACCACAAACAUUUACUGAAUCCCUAUUCAUGGACCAAGCUCUGUUCUAAAGGACAGGGAUAUGCUGGUAAAUAAAAAGUGAUCUGUUUUGGAGUGACACAUUCCUAAGUAAUUAUAUCUAAUUACAGAGUACUUUGGUGGUACAGAAUUUUAAAAAGUCAAUUCUGCUUGGAGCAUUGUAGAAGAUUUAGAAGAUGGAAUACAGAUGGCCCUGACUGGAUCAACUUACGAGUUUUUCAACUUUCUGAUGGUGCCAAAGUGAUUGUGCAUUCAGUAGAAACUGUACUUCAAAUUUUGAAUUUUGAUCUUUUCUCAGGCUAGAGAUAGGUGGUAAAAUACUCUCUUAUAAUGCUGGGCAGCAGCAGCGAGAUGACUUUGCCCAACUGUAGGCUGAUGUAAGUGUUUUGAGCAUAUUUUAGGUCAGCUAGGCUAAGCUGUAAUGUUCAGUAAGUUAGGUAUAUUAAAUGCCACAUUAAAAUACUUACAAAAUACAGUGGGUUUAUUGGGAUGUAACCCCAUCAUUAUUAGUCCAGGAGCAUCUGUAUUUGUACUGGACUCCUACAUAGAAAAGGUUAGCGUUGCUGGCGGUGAGGGUCCAGGUGGAAGGAAAAGGAUGCCUUAGUUGUAACCAUCCUUGGUCCAGAGACUUGCUGGUCAUCUUCGUUUCCUGCCUCAUCCCUCCUAAGAGGGUAACGAAAAGUAUUAUGGCGUAAUCCUGCUGUCAGCUAUAACGUUGUACUCAUUUUUGAGUAGAUAAUAUGAGUUAGGUUUUCCAUUCAAAAGAAAUGAAGGGCCACCUAAGAUAGAAAGCCAUUAGGGUAGAGAGAUGUCUAGUUAGAUUUGGCUUUCCACGUCUUUGAGUAAACCUAAAUCUGCUGUGGAGGUCACGUACAUCUCUUCAUUUUUCUUAGGUUUUUUCCGUCUUAUCUCAAGACUUAUAAAUAAAAAACUGCUUUGUUAGAGGUAUUUUUAUUUUGGAGAGUGUUUUUCCCCCCUCAAAAUUGAUUUAGUUGUGGUUAAGGGGAGAAACUGAAGAGGCAGCUCUCAUAGAGAUUGUAUUUCUGAAGAGGUUCAAACUCUAGAAAGAAAAUUGCUAUAGAAAGAAGCUAUCUAGCUAAGAGUCUUUAUGUCCUUGAAUUUUCAUCCUCAAGAAUACUUAUCUUGGAAAAUGACUUGACUGGCUAAAGGAAUCAUUACAGGAAGAUGGGAACAAGCAUCAGAUGAAAAUAUUUCUAGUUAUGACUGGAAUAAAAGAAACAAUAACUAUCAAAAGUUAGUCUUUUAAAAGGAUCCCUCUAAAAUGUUGACCACCACUAAGUAAAGGUGAUCGUAUUUUAAAUUCCCUUUUAAUUCGGCAAAUGGUUACCGUAGUGUGGAGAGAACUCAUAUAUGUGGUGUUCUUACCAUUUCUUGUGUCACAGAGCCUGUGACUGUACCAUUUAAACAGCAUGUCUGACCACUGCUCAAGUGCCAGCAAGUCACACUAAGAUAGGACCGCAGGAACCUGUGCCGACUGCCAGGCGUCUCCCACCCUCCCCAACUUCUGUGCUUGUUGUUCCUCUCCUCCAUGUCAGUGGCGGGAAGGAUGAGAAUAGCUUUUCAAGCCCUGAAUAUGAAAUAUUCGUUUUGUGAAGAUCCAGUAUUCUAAAACUGAAAUUUUUUUUUUUUUUUUUUGCUGACCACGAGGGCGCUUGCUCCGUGUACCAAGGGCCCCAUUAGGAGAGAGCACAUUGUCCUCUUAGAAGGAGAGGAGAGCUUUGAGCAAUCCUCACAUGCUCAGAACUCCAUUUAUCAGUGGGGAGAAAGUACCAUUCAUUUUAUUUGGACUUUUAUAGUUUAUUGGGUUUAUUAAAGUACGUAUUUCAUCAGAUGGAAAGUUUCUACGUCCUUAGAAACUUGAAAGGAAGUUCAUAAGAAUGACCAGAAAACACAUUGGAAGGCAGGAUACACUGAUGCGGGGUUGUACUAGUUAAUACAGUUGACCCGUGUUAUUCAAGGGUCAGCCGUAUUUUAGUUUACUGCUUUAAUCAAUGAUCUUUGUGCAGGAAUUAAAAUUUGCCACUUUAAGGACAUUUAAGAUGUAUUUUCAUUGUAAAGAAGGCUUUCUACUUGAGAAAUGGUUUUUAAUCAGGACCCUCAAUCACAAGCUUUCCUUUGGAGUGAGAAAAAGUCAACAGCUUCUCCCGAGCUUAUAGUAUUGGACAAGUUCAUAGUCGGCCCCUUCCCCUUGUUGUCAAGCUCCUGUGGCUUCUCCAGAGUUGUGGGUCAUGGUCACGACUGGCAUGAAGGCAACAGAAUCCUGUCCAAAUAGAAGGUUCUCAAACUGGAUACAACAUAGAGGAGGAGCCCCACUUCUGCAUAUGCAAGGAAAUGGUGCAACAAGCCAUGGAGAGACAAUGCAGGCACCGUACUCUUCCUGGCAGGGUUACAGUUCAGAAAAUUUACCUUUUUCCACCUGUACUUAAUGAAAGCAUUUUUACUUGGCAUACAUACUAAAAAUACAAAAUCUCACAGUGAGCCCAGGGAUCUGGGUUCGUCUAUUAUAGACAUUAUAUAUUGAAGAGAAUUCAUGUUCCGUAACACUGUAACUCCAGAAUUCAUCUGCGAGCGAAGCCCUUUACCGCCUCAGUGUGAGCAGAGCAGACAGAAGGACUUUCUGGAGGCCGCUGUGAGGCCGCGCGAGCUGGGCCGGCAUUGCGCAGCCGCAGUAGCAGGCCGAGGGGGCGCCCAACGGCCCACAUCCGUGCGCAGCCGCAGUAGCAAGCCGAGGAGGUGGCCUGCGGUCACUGGCCCGCCCUUCACGCCGGAAAGCUUGCCCGCCGCUCUCCUCCAGUCUCUUCCUCCGCCUCUUGGGUGAGUGGCCAUGAGCUGGGCCGUGGGAGUCCUGCGGGCCAGCCGGAGCGUGGGCGCUGCCAGCGCGAAUUUCCUGUGUCUGGGGACGGCACCGGUUCCCCGCCCGCCGGCCUGCAUCCCACACAGGGGCGCCUGGCCCGUUAGCCCCGUGUCCGCGAUGGCGACUGUCAAGCGUGAGCUUAUAAAGCACUUAGCUUCAGAGGAGUCCAUUCAUCGCAGUAAGGUCUCCAUUAUCGGAACUGGAGCCGUUGGCAUGGCCUGUGCUGUCAGCAUCCUACUUAAAGGCUUGAGUGAUGAACUUGCCUUGGUGGAUGCUGCCGAAGACAAACUGAAGGGCGAGACGAUGGAUCUUCAACACGGCAGUCCUUUCGCGAAAAUGCCAAAUAUUGUUGCCAGCAAAGAUUACCGUGUCACUGCAAACUCCAACCUCGUGGUUAUCACAGCAGGUGCACGCCAGGAAAAGGGAGAAACACGCCUUAAUUUAGUCCAGCGAAAUGUGGCCAUCCUUAAAUUAAUGAUUUCUAGUAUUGUCCAUUACAGUCCUCACUGCAAGCUCAUUGUUGUUUCCAAUCCAGUGGAUGUCUUAACUUACGCAGCCUGGAAGAUAAGUCAGUUUCCCAAGAGCCGGGUCAUUGGAAGUGGUUGUAAUCUGGACACUGCGCGUUUUCGUUUCUUGAUUGGACAGUGGUACUUACAGCCCGACACUUCGGGACACAAGCAUGGGGACUUGAGCAUGCUGCUGUUGGAGCGACGGGCUCCAGGCCUCGGGAGUGUCAUUCGUGUCGUCUUUGUGGAUGAGAGCAGCCCCUGGAGUUGUGUCGUGCACAGCGGCCCGCUGAGAAGGGCAGCCCUGUGA